AUGAGACCAAGAACCCGUUCCUCUGUUCCCUAUCUUCAGCGCGUCCUCUUCGCGACUAUGCUAGAGUCGUCUACUGAGAAGCCAGUCAUCAGAGUCGCCGUCUUCAGCGCGCAGCCACACGACAAGCACUUUUUCAACUGUGUCAACCAGGAGUGUUUCCAAUCGCUCCAUGCCGAGCUUGUGUUCCAUACCAGCCCGCUGUCCAAGGAGACCGCCGCCCUCGCUGGACGCUGCGAUGCCGUGUGCGUGUUCGUCAAUGACUGCGUCGACGAGGAUGUCCUGCAGCUGUUGCUUGAUCAAGGUGUUCGGGGUGUUUUUCUGCGCUGUGCUGGCUUCAACAAUGUCGAUCUCAAGGCUGCUAAGAAGCUUGGAUUAUUUGUCGCGCGUGUGCCAGCCUACUCGCCCGAGGCUGUUGCCGAGUUUGCCGUGGCCCUGAUACUUACACUGAACCGACGGACACAUCGCGCCUACAACCGCGUGCGGGAAGGCAACUUCGACCUCAGCUCUCUUUUGGGAUUCAAUAUGCACGGCAAGACGGUGGGUAUCGUUGGCGUCGGUAAAAUCGGAUUGGCGGCGGCCAGGAUUUUUAAGGGCUUUGGGUGCAACUUGCUUGCGUACGAUCCGUACGAGGUGGACGAGUUCAAGGCCCUCGGUGCAUACACGACAUUUGAGAAUCUGCUUCAGCAAUCAGAUAUUGUCACUCUACAUUGCCCGCUCCUGGUCUCGACAAAGCAUCUCAUCAGCCGAGCCUCGCUCAUGAAUUUGAAGUGGGGUGCCAUGCUCAUCAAUACGUCCCGCGGUGGAAUUAUCGACACGGCUGCUGUGAUUGACGCGCUCAAGUCUGGCCAGAUCGGUGCCCUUGGACUCGAUGUCUACGAGAAGGAGGCAGGCCUGUUCUUCGUCGACCACUCUUCGGACAUUAUCCAUGACGAUGUCUUCCAGCGCUUGCUCACGUUCCCGAACGUACUGGUGACAGGUCAUCAAGCGUUUCUCACGGGGGAGGCCUUGACUGAGAUUGCUGAGACAACCUUGCAGAAUUUGCAGCAUUUUGCCCACGGCACCGCGUGCAGUAACGCCCUGGUCGGUGGGGAUGCGAUUUGA